GUGAGAAUCCGUAUAAAAAGUUUUUUUUUUCCUUGCACGGGGGGAGUUAUUUUUUUCCUAGUUCUUUCAUUUUUUAUUUUAAAAAACGACGAAUAUGGCUGCCGUCAACAAGAGAGAGCUUCCUCCUAAAGAAGCUGCUGUUUUUAGAAAUCUCUUGAAAAACUAUGAACUUCGUCAAUACAAGAAGGGUUUGAAGUUGGCCGAGGGUAUUCUCAAGAAGCAUCCUGAACAUGGUGAAACCAUGGCCUUGAAAGGUUUGUUCUUGAAUAACCUUGAAAAGAAGGAGGAAGGUUACGAAUACGUCAAGAAGGGUCUUUUGAAGGAUUUGACUUCUCAUAUCUGUUGGCAUGUUUACGGUCUCUUGUACCGUGCCGAUAAAAACUACGAGGAAGCAGCAAAGUGUUAUGCCAAUGCCUUAAAAUUCAACAAGAACGAUCUCAACAUUCUUCGUGAUUUUGCCAUCCUUCAAACACAAAUGCGUCAUUAUGAUGCUCUUGUUGAUACCCGUACUAGACUUUUAGAAUCCAAGCCCCAAAACCCUCCCUUUUGGCUUGGUUUAGCUAUUGCUUACCAACUUGUCAAUGAGCCUCAUAACGGUGUCAAGGUGUUGAACACACACGCCGAAUCUAAUAUUCCUGCCGCCUCUACCGAUUUUGAAAAGUCUGAAUUGCUCAUGUAUCACAACAUGUUGUUGGAAGAGACUGGUGAUUUCCAAAGCGCUUUGGACCAUCUUUUGGAAAUUGAAUCCCAAGUCACCGAUAAGAGAUCAUGGAAGGAAAAGAACGCCUUGUAUUUGGUCAAGUUGGGUAAAAAGGAAGAAGGAGAGAAGGCUUAUAGAAUCUUGAUCAGUGAGAACCCUCAUAAUGGUGCUUAUAUCAAGGCUCUUUUGGCCCUCAAGGAAAAAUCUGAGAUUAACAAUGUCUUGACCGAUCUUUUCGCUCAGUAUCCUCGUUCCAAGGCCAUUGAGCAUUUGAUUCUUGAACAUGCUGAAGGUGAAUCCUUCAAGGUCAAGGUUGAGGCAUCUCUUCAAAACGGUUUAAGAAAGGGUAUCCCAUCUUUAUUUGCUGCCAUGAAGAAAUACUAUGCCGAUGCUGAGAAGCAACGUGUGAUUGAAGAACUCGUCGUUGGUUACAGUGUUUCUUUAGAAAAGAAUGGUACCUUUGGCGCUGACUCUGCCAAGGAACCUCCCACUGCUUUAUUAUGGACCUUGUAUUAUCUUGCUAAGCAUUACGAUUUCCAUCAUAAGCUCGAAAAGGCACUCGAAUUGAUCAAUAAGGCCAUCGCUCAUACUCCUACCGUCGUUGAACUUUACAUGACCAAGGGCAGAAUCUUGAAGCAUUCUGGUGACGCCCAACAAGCAUCCAAGGUCAUGAACGAAGCUCGUGAAAUGGAUCUUCAAGAUCGUUUCAUCAACUCCAAGAGUGCCAAGUAUAUGUUGCGUGCAGGAGAAAUUGAAGAGGCUGAACGUGUCUUGGGUUUAUUCACUCGUAAGGAUGUUAACACUGUUCAAGAUUUGACCGAUAUGCAAUGUCAAUGGUUCAUGACUGAAGAAGGUAAUGCCUACCUCAACAAAAAGGAAUAUGGUAAGGCCUUGAAGCGUUUCCAUACUCUUGAAAAGUUCUAUGUUGAUUACUUUGAUGAUCAAUUCGAUUUCCACACCUAUUGUCUUCGUAAGUUGACUCUCCGUUCUUAUGUCGACACUUUGCGUUGGGAAGAUAAGCUCAGAGCUCAUCCUUUCUACCUCAAGGCCGCUAAGGGUGCUGUCCAAGCCUAUUUGGCUCUUGCUGAUAAACCUGCUGGCACUGAUGAAUUUGAUGAAGCCAACAUGUCUGAAGCCGAUAAGAAGAAGGCUAGAAAUAAGGCUCGUAAGGCUGCGUUGAAGGCUCAACAAGAUCAAGAAGCAAAGAAGGCUCAAGAAAAGGAUGAUGCUAUUAAGCAAAAGCAUGACAAAAAGCCUGUUGAUUUAGAUCCUGAGGGAGAGAAAUAUGCCAACACUGAGAAGCCCUUAGAGGAUGCGCUCGUAUUUGUUAAGCCUUUGGAAUUAUUGGCUCCUCAAAAUGUUGAAGUUCAUGCUCUUGGAUUCGAGAUUUAUAUUCGUCAACAAAAGUACUUAUUAGCUGUCAAGGCUCUUGGCAAGAUCGCUAGAAUUGACAAGAAGACACCUUCUUUAAAGACUAACUUGGAUAGAUUGGAAGCCGCUGUUAAGGCUCACAAAGAUUUAGACCCCAAGAUCAAGCAAGUUGUUGAUCUUGAACUCACUGAAAUCAGCAAAUUAUAAAAAAAAAAUAAACUUUUUUUUUAAUGC